UCAGGCGUGCGGUACAACUCUACAGUGUCUACACUGUGGCAGCGGCAGCAGAGGAAGGUGGAAGAGGCUGUCUGGAAUUCUUGGCAGCUUAGUGCAGAGCGACCUCUAAGAUCUUCAAAGCAAAGCUGAUGCCAAUCUGAUCUCUCCUCGUACGGAAAACUGCACACGCAUCGAGGAUGGCCCCGCAAUUCAUGAUGAUGGUGAUGAUGCUGUGGUUUGGCAUCGCCGUGAUGUUGUUGCCCAGCGAAACUGGGGUGGUAUCCGUGGGUGCUGCGAAUGCUGGGAUCUCCGUAGAGAAGCAUCUGGUCGCGGCGUUGAAGGACCCCAAGGUAACCCAGUUCGUUUUGACAUCGGACGUGGUUCUGACGGCGUCUCUGCCUCCCUCCAAGAAGGAUUUUGCGCUCGUGGGAAGAUGCAGGGACCAGCGGCAGAGACCACGCCUCUGCGUUGUGGACGGUCAGGGGAAGUUUCUAGGUUUCAAGAGUGAAGGAUAUUAUGUGGGCAUGAGCGAUGUCCACUUCAAGAACAUGCGCGACACAAGGAAUGGGACCUAUUUCGGGGAUGGGACUGGGGCAGUUGCGUUUGCGUUCAACGGGAAGAUCAGCGCGACGAGGUGCGUGUUCGAGAACAACAAGGCUUUGAGUGCUGGAGCUCUUGCUGUCCGCGACUCGCCUCUUCUGGUGACUGACUGCCAGUUCCGGAACAACCGGGCACUGUUUCAGGCAGGAGCCAUCAGGGUGUACAGCAAUGGCGUCGGAACGGUUAGAAGGUCUGUGUUCAGUGGCAACACUGCCGGCACGAGCGGAGGUGCGGCUCGCGCAUACGAGGGUCGGCUCAAUUUGAUUGACUGCAUAUUCCGUGGAAACACGGCGAGGAAUGGCAAUGGUGGCGCGGUCAUUUUCGGAGGUGACAGCUCCGGUGUGCUCUCCAAGUCUGAGUUUGUUGGAAACACCGCCCGCAAUGGGUCAGGCGGUGCCGUGGAAGUGGAGGGUGAAACAGCUUAUGACUACAUUAAUUUCUGUAGCUGCACUUUCCGAGGCAAUAGUGCAAAGAUUCGUGGGAGCUUCAAUGUAAACAUCGCCGCAUACACCCGAGUCAACUUCUGCAAGAAUAAGCCCCAAGGUCUCCGCGUUGUCAAACCGGGAAAGGCGGCCUUAAACUGCACUGUUUGUGCGCAGCCUGUGGAAUAGAAGACUUAGUGUGUAUUGGGACACCAAGAAUAGUGUUUGAACUUUGAAGCAGCAUGAGGGAGUUUGUUUGACUUUGCAGACGGUGAAUGGUCUCUCGCCUUUCCGUCAUGGAGAGUGUUUUUAGGAGGACAUGUUGUCAAGGGUCCUCACUCCCACUCGCACAGAACAGGUGGUUCCACCUUGGUCAGCGGACAGUGCCGGACACCAGACCCUUGCUAGCUGAUUAUGUCAAAGAAGAACACGGUAUUCGGGACUGCACAUGCGGAGUGGUCAAGAGAGUAGAUGAUAGGUGAUAUCGUUGAAGCAGUGGAAUUGCCCUUGAGCUUUCGUCAUUAGACACUAGGUUCGGAUCGCUUGUGUUAGGCAGUUCUGUACUAGAAGAGUUAUUGGCAAUAUCAACGCCACAGAUGGGGGCUGUAUGUGUGGGCAUCCUAGAAACAAUCCGUAUGAGCCUCUGUCGCUAAGAGCUCCUGCAACAGCUGUCCGGUCAGGUCACCCCACUAAGACAGUAGAAGGGUGAUGUCCUGAGCGGUAGACACUGAGGUGGGACCGCGUGGAGUAGGGCCCCUGUAGGGGUGCACACUGCACCGGGUAGCAUUGAGGAGAGCAAGGUGGGGGACGGGGUCCCAUAAGGGGUAAAGGCCCCAACUUGAACAAAAACCAAAGGAGGAG